CGGAAAGAAAGAAAAAAAAAAAAAAAAACGACAAGAUGAAGUUCACGCAUAGUUCAUACCUCAAACCAUUGCUUCAUGCUGCCAAAUACCCAACAGCAACUGUGAAUGGUGUCUUCUUGGCGGAUAAGAACUCUGAGACUAUUCGGGAUGCGGUUCCAUUCUUCCACUUUUGGCACACCUUGACGCCCAUGCUUGAAAUCGCCAUGACUCAGGUUGAUCUUUACUGCCAGGCUAAUGGACUCAGGAUAGUCGGAUAUUAUGAAGCAAAUGAGAGAGUAGAUGAUGAAGCAUUGUCUUUGGUUGGCCAGAAGAUCGCAUCUCAAAUCCUUCAGAUUACUCCAGAUGCAUUUGCUAUUGUGAUCAAGAAUGACAAUAUCUCGACAGAUAAUGUUGCUUUCUUGCCCUAUCAGUUCAAGGAAGGACAAUGGCGUGUAAGCAAAGGGGCGUUCACAGAGAAGAAUGAACAAUUCUCACUUGAGAACCCAGCCAGUCCAAGCUUGGUUGUUAAAGCAAUUCAGGAUGGCCUCAGCAGCAAAUUGGCAGACUUUGAUAACCAUCUGGAGAAUGUCAGUGCAGAUUGGUUGACCAACAAGGAUAUAGCAUGAUUUGGACAAUAUCUCUAUUUUGUGAAAUAAAUAAAAAAAGAUGCUGACAAGCGUGAAU